AUUAAUAUGUUGUGCUAGUUUCAGUACCUGGUGGGCGAUAUUUCACCCUUUUUUGUGGGAUAUUAGUUCUGGGCCUGGCAACCCUGCGCGAGCACCUGUUCGCGCGAGUGUCCGUUACCCGCUGUGUGAAGUUUUGCUCUGUUAGCCUGUUAGCUUCUCGGUGUUUUACAGUAGAAAAUGAACGGUUUAAAGGCUGUAUUUCGCACAGCUAGGUUCGGAGCGGUCGAGUUUUGGGCUAAAGACGUGAUUAAAGCUCCCCUGCUCGGUCGGCCAGCUCUCCGGCGGGGGUCGGUGCGUGUGUGGAACCGCCGGAGGAGCUUCAGUAGCGGCUUCCCGCGGAGACUUUACCAAAGCAAAGACCGAGCAGCCUGCGGGGAUCUGCUACCGGCUCACAUUGCCAAAAGAAGUGAAGGCCUUUUCUCAGGACUGGAAGAUCUUCUCUUCUACACCAUCACGGAGGGAGAGGAGCGGGUCCCGAUUUCUCAAUUCAUUGCUGCCAUUAAAAGCACUGGGCUGCUAACUUCUGACCCUCGGCUUCGGGACUGCAUGGAGAAUCUUCGCCAAGCUGUCCAAGAAUCUGCCGGUGAAGCGAUGAUGGAUCGGGAGCUUUUCCGCAAAUGUGUGGGUGGAAACAUCGUUUUGCUGUCCCAGGCUUUUAGGAAGAAGUUCAUAAUUCCAGAGUUUGAAGGAUUUAUUGGCAUAAUAAACCAUAUGUAUGACAGAGCUAAACAGGAGGAAGAUGGACAAGUAGCAGACUACAUUCCUCACCUUGCCAAGUUUAGCCCUGAUCUAUGGGGGGUGUCAUUAUGCACAGUGGAUGGUCAGAGACACUCAGCAGGAGACACCAAGGUGCCAUUUUGCCUGCAGUCAUGUGUGAAGCCACUGGAGUAUGCUGUCGCUGUACAUGAGCAUGGAACUGAGCAUGUGCAUCGCUUUGUGGGAAAAGAGCCAAGUGGGCUGAAGUUCAACAUGCUGUCCCUCGAUGAAGAUGAUAAACCUCACAACCCAAUGGUGAAUGCUGGAGCAAUUGUCAUCAGCUCUCUUAUCAAGCCUGGGACCAACAAAGCAGAGAAGUUUGACUAUGUGAUGGACUUUGUGAAGAAAAUGGCAGGUCUGGAAUAUGUUGGGUUCAGUAAUGCCACUUUCCAAUCAGAGAAAGAGACAGGUGACAGAAACUAUGCAAUAGGCUACUACCUCAAAGAGAAAAAGUGUUUUCCUCACGGAGCGGAUAUGAUUGAUGCUCUAGACUUUUACUUUCAGCUUUGCUCCAUAGAGGUGACAUGUGAGUCGAGCAGUGUGAUGGCAGCGACACUUGCUAAUGGAGGUAUCUGCCCCAUCACUGGGGAGCGGGUUCUGAGUGCAGAGGCUGUGAGAAACACCCUGAGCCUCAUGCACUCCUGCGGAAUGUAUGACUACUCUGGACAAUUUGCUUUUCAUGUCGGAUUACCUGCAAAGUCAGGGGUGUCAGGGGCAGUGCUGUUAGUAGUGCCCAAUGUGAUGGGAGUUAUGUGUUGGUCACCACCCCUGGACAAGGUGGGGAACAGUAUGAGAGGCAUCUGGUUCUGUCAGGAGCUGGUGUCCUUGUUUAACUUCCAUAAUUAUGACAACCUGAGGCACUUUGUUAAGAAGCAGGAUCCACGUCGGCAGUCCGGCGAAGACAGGAACAAGUCAGUGGUCAACGUGAUGUUUGCAGCUCAUAGUGGAGAUGUUUCUGCCCUCAGGAGGUUUGCUCUGUCAUCAAUGAAUCUGGAUCAGAAGGACUAUGACUGUCGUACAGCACUUCAUGUGGCAGCUGCAGAAGGUCAUGUGGAUGUUGUGCGGUUUUUAACACAGGCUUGCAAAGUGAACCCUUUCGUGAAAGACAGAUGGGGCAACAUCCCUCUAGAUGAUGCGAGGCAGUUUGGCCGUACGAAUGUGGUGCAGGUCCUGCAGGAAUAUCAGCAGACCUACAGGAUACAAACCUCUCAGGAUGUGGCUGAAAACACCAAAGAAAACAAACACAGUUCUACUGAGAGUAUAGUAUGAGAGGCUGUUUGUGCCUCUGGAGCCUUAAAUGUCACUUCCUACCAAAUUACUCCUAUAUAAAAGCUCUGUUCAGAGUAUGGUAUAUACUGCAGCGGAUUGAAGUGCCUUCUGUUGUUUUCUUAGUUGAAAUGCAGCACUGUAAUUGACAUAUAUUCAAUCUUGUGUCUCUGUCACUGGUUUAAAAGCCAUGAAUAUAUUGUUAUGCAUUGCUUUAAUAAGGCAAGCAUUAUAGGCAGGAAUAUACAUUGGAAUGUCUCUGACCAGCUUUUUUUCCUGACCACAGCUAAUAAUUCACCUUGCUGCUUUUAUAUUUGACCUCUUUGCCCCAAUGAUUUGCUUUAAGCAGUGUUUGUACAAUAAGUGUCUUGUCCAAGUGAAUUUUGGACAGAAUUCACAAUGCUGGAAUUUGCUGUCACGCACUGUGUUUUAAAGCAAAUCUUGGUACGUGCAAAACAGGGAUUUUUUUGUUGUAAAAUACAGAUACAGUGGUAUGAAAAAAAGGUUGAGCACCCCUGAUAAUUUUCAUGAUUUUCCAUUAGGGCUGCUAUUUUCAAACAUCAUCAUCACAAUGUGUACAUGUGCGACAGUCAGAUUUCGGGACAUGCGAUGUCAACUAAGACAAUUAAAACAAACACGUCAUGUUGCAAUGUUCUGAUUCUUGACCCAAGAAGUAGGUACACAGCGUCCUGUGAACAGCGCUGUCUUUGUCUGCUGCUGAAAAGGGCGAGGGGGGGGGAGCGGGCGUAAACACAAAGCACAGUUUUGUGCAGAUAUUUCUAGUUACACCCGGAAUCACACUUUAAUCACAGAAGACUGCUUAUAUUUACCUUUUAGAAAGCCAUUUAAAUGCUUGAUUAUUGUUAUUUUGCCGUUUUUCUCGGGUUUUGAAUUUAAAUUUUGAGCUGACUCUAAAGCGCUGACUCUGUUCUCGGUUGGUCCGGAUCUCUGUCGUGAGACAGCGCGCAGGUGGGGGCAGGGCUUGCAUUGUUUAACAUCGUGAUAUAUAUCACCGAAAAAAAAAACAAUGCAAUGUCAAAUUUUUCCAGUAUCAUGCAGCCCCAUUUUCCAUUAUAAAUCAUUGGUUUGGAUCAGCAAUUUCAGUUAAAUAUAUAUAUUAGAAGAACACAGUGAUAUUUGAGAACUGAAAUUAGUUCAUAGGGUUAACAGAAAGUGUGCAAUAAUACUUUAAACAAUAUUAGGCAGGUGCAUAAAUUUGGGCACCCUUGUCGUUUUAUAGAUUUGAAUACUUAAUUAUCGUAACACAAAAUUUGUUUGGUAAGCUUAUUGGCUCUUGACCUACAUUCACACAGAUGAAUCCAAUUAUGAGAAAGUUUUUUCUCCUCUUUGCAUUUUCUCUAAAUAGUAGCAACAUGAGAGCCUCAAAACACAACUCUUAAAUGACCUGAAAACAAAGUGAGGAAAUGAAAGACCACGGGCACAGUUCUAGUUAAGGUCUGAAGUGGCAGACCAAGAAAAAUGAUCAUCUCAGUCCCCAGACUAUUAAAAAUCUGUGGGGAAAUUUGAAGUGGGCUGUCCAUGCUCAGAAAUCAUCAAACCUGACUGAACUGGAGAUGUUAUUUAAAGAAGAAUGGUCUAAAAGGCCUUCAAGCAAAGAAGCAGUAUUAGAGGGGUAUGCUCAACUGUUUAACGUGUUUCUUGGCAUUGAAGAAAGAUGGAUUCACUAAACUACACAUUCAUAUCAAUUUUAUGAAGAUGGACAGUAGUAACACUCUUAAAAUUAAGUAGCUGAUGGAUCUGAAGAUGUAUUUGAGGUAUUGGUAAAUUGGUAAAGAACUGUUACAUUGACAUUUUUACACAUUUAUAUACAGUGACAUGAAAAAGUAUUUGUGCCCUUAAAGAUUUCCUUUGUUUUUUUUUUUUUUUUUUAUCAAACAAACUUUAAUAUCAGACAAAUAUAACAUGAGUAAAUAUAAAAAUGAUAAAUUGUAUGAUAAUUUUAUUUAUUAAUGAAAAAAACUAUCCAAACCAAUCUAGCCCUGUAUGAAAAAGUGUUUGCCCUGCAAACAACUGCAAUCAGGUUUUAGUGAUAGCUGGCAAUGAUUCUUUCACAUCCUUGUGGAGGAAUUUUGUUGCUCUUCUUUAAAGAAUUGUUUUAAAGAGGACAUGAAACAUUUCAGUUUGAAAAAGUUUUCUAAGGGAUUAAAUAUAAUGGAAUUUAUUUGGGGGGAAUUGUUUAUAUAAAAUGUUUACACACUAAAUUAUAAUAUAUUUAUGUUUGUUAUGUUUGCGCUAGGGCGCCGCCAUGUUGCCCGUGCAGCACUGGUGACGUCACAAGGUUGGCUGGUGAAGAGCCCAGGUACAUAACUAGCAUAAAAGAGCUUGUUGUUUGUGGAGAUUAUGGAUGAAGACGAAGCUGAACUAGGUUAACGUGGAGCAUUUGCUCAGAGAUCUUUCCUGUAUAAACCUGAGCAGAACUUUUUAGACGCUUUUCUGAGAGCGAGACGUUUUGGAGGUGUCUAUUCUCUCUCUACUGUGAUGGAAGGUGUUUAUUGAAAUGAUUCAUAAUCAAUGACGUGUGAUGAUUCAUAAACAAUGACGACUAUUAAUGAUAUUACUUUUUGUUCUAUGCGAUGAUAAUGUGUACUGUGACCAUUCUACCCUCAGUGAGCUUUUUUGAAAUGCUGAGUAAGAGUUUUCUCUAUCUGGCUAUGUGUAUGUGUUAAGGAAUGCACGUCACAGUUGUUCUACAAAUUCUGGCGCCAGGGUCAUCUUCCUUUCUGCUUGCAAUGUUUUGAGAACCAGCCUGAUAUGCUCACUAAGGGAUUAUGUCAUAUCACAUGUCAGAAGAAGUUGACGUGUCACAAUGGUGGCACUGUGCCCAUAAUUGGGAAGUAAGGGAUGGGAGGAUCUAAAAGGUAUAAAGAGAGCUUGGCACCUCUUGCAAGGCAGGAGUUCACUCUGUAUUCAUUACGUGUGUCUUCUCAAUAAAUCUUGUUACUCAUUCUGAUCAAGA